UCAUGUAGUCAUCCCAUUAUUUUCUUCUUCUACACUUGCUUUUUCUCUAUUGCAUGAUAUCCUUUUCAAACCUUGUUUUUUGAUUUAUUUUUGGUAUAUGUAUAUACUUUGUUCUUUUAAUCUGUAUUCUUGAGUUUCUGCAAGUUGUUUUUGUCAAAACCUUGCUUUUUCAUAUUUUUUGUGCCUUUAUUGUCCUCGUUUACUUCCAGUUAGAUAUUUACCUGCUCUUAUGCAUUUUCAUUUGCUCUCUUCAGUACAGGGAAGAAGUUCCCAAAGUUGUUUCCCAAGCAUAAUGGAUCCAUUACACGCCAGUUGUUAGAAAAGAAGUCAUGAAUGCUACAUUUGUUGGAGAGAAUGAUUAUUGAAUUCAACUUCGAUAAGAACUGCAAAUCGAGCAUAAUAUUGUUCAUAACUGGAAUGCUGGAAUGGUCUCAUCUAUGAAUAUAUUUGAAAAAGCAUUGAGUAUUCUUUCCUGUGAGCUUCAAGUUUCAACAAAAUUUAGAUAUAAGACUGGUGUUUUAAGACUUUCUUAUAUCUACUAUACAGGUCACUGUUUGAGCUGUUAUGUUGCCAAAUUGAAAACUGAACUCAAGCUAAUGAGAUCCGAUCAUGUACAAUUCUUAGACUGUAGUAGCAUUACAUUUACAUGGCAUUGGCAUGACAAUUUGAAAAUGUAAAUGGAACUCAAUUACAUGGGUUUAAAAUUAGAAAACGAAAUUAAAUCAAACCUGACAUCAUAAAAAUGGCAGCUUUUAAAGAAAAUUGAAGUUUAUUGAAAAACCUGUGUAUUUUUCAAAAAGAAGAAAUAAACUGUGUUUGACCAGGUCAAAGGCGUGCCAGUUUGACCUGGCAAAACCAAGUCCCCAGGGGCUGAUUAAAUGUGCCGUUUAGUGCUUCUAUAGCUUGGACUACAGUUUUGAAGUGUGACAUUGAGUUUCUCUUUUGAAGGUUUUUGUUCUACAUAUCUGGCAUAGACCUACCUAGCCUUACCAUUUGAGUAUAUUUCCUGAUGCUAUCCUUAAGCUGCACCACAUUGUUUGAGAUCUGACAGAUGCCCUAAUGAAGUACCUUAUCGAGAUAAGGUAUUAGCUUUCAUUGGUUCAGGUUGUGAAUUUUAUUUGCAAUGAGAAAAGAAGCUUGUUGAUUGUCUUCAAUGCCAUGCUUGAGUGGGAAUAGGUGACAGAAGAAAACUCAAGUGUUGUGGACAUCAUGCAGGACAGGUGAUUGUCAUAGGCAGCAAAGAUUUGCAUUGUCAUAAUUGCUCCUUCAAGUUUUUAAUGAGCAGAAACAGCUCUGCUUUAGCAAUGCUUAGUUCUGUCACGAAAUGCAUGCGAAUAUUAGAAAGGUUUGUCUUGAGAAACAAUGAACUGAGAAGACCCAGGUUCAAACCCACUUUUAUAGGCUCCUCAAGAAGUAUUAUUAACACUAUGAUAAACAGCAAGAAUCCAAGAUUUGAGAUGUUGAGACUCCAAUUAUUGAGGUCCGAAACAAAGGAACAUAACACUUUGUGGAUUAAUGACAUAUGACAUUCAAUGAACUAAGAAAAGAAAUUUAUUCCAAGAAUUCAAUGAGCAAAACAAUUCUGAAAAAUGACAAGAUAAAUGAAUUCCUGAAAAUCAGAAAAUUGAGACAAGCUAAGAAAAACUAGUUCUCUUGUUGGGGAGGGAAGCCCGCACUCCUAAACACUUUCCCCUUUGUUUGGAAAAGAACACCGAGAUGGCAUUUUUGUCUAGUAAAAAGACACUUAAUGUAAGAAGAGCAUUCAACCACAUUUUUUAGAUCUCUUUUUAUAAGCAAAGGUGUCGUCUAGCUGCAUGAAUCCAGUUGAUUAGAAUUCCACGGAGUAUUGCAGUUUGUAAUUUGCAGAUUGAAAGUUUUUAUAUGAUUCUAGAAUAUUUCUCUGUCAACAGUGCACCUUCAAAAGAAAAAAAAAUAGUGUUACACUCAUAAAUAUUACAAGUACCAGCAUAGCAUGCCUAUUUGAUCAAUAUGGCAAAGUGCAUCAACACCUCUGAGAGAUUCAACAUGCAGUUUAAUUUGCCGAUAGGCAAUUCCCUGUGGGGUUGCACCCCCACCAGAAUUGUCUCACGCUGCGAAAUCGUCACUUCCCGUCGCCGCCGAAUUUUUGCCGAUAAGUUUUCUGUGACAGCUCCUAUGAUGCGUGGCUAGGGUUUGUAUUGCUGGCGUUUCAUUCAAUGGAAAGUUAUUCCUCUUCCACAUCUGCGCAGGGCGAGAGUUGAAGGCGUAGCACAACUUGAUGGCCGUAAGCCUUGCAUUUGGGAUACUUAUACGCAUUCGGGGAAAAUGUUUGAUGGAAGCACAGGGGAUGUUACUGCAGAUCAAUACCACCAUUAUAAAGUAAUCUCGAUUACUACACUAUGCUUAAUUGGUUCUGGGCUGCUGAUUUUCCAUCUCAUGGUCUCGGACUCUCGACUAAUACCUGAUGGAAGGGGUGCCAUCAAUCCAAAGGGAUUAGAAUACUACAAUAAUCUCAUUAAUGGACUCAUUCUCCAUGGUAUUCAACCGCAUGUUACCUUAUUCCACUUCGAUUUGCCCCAGAGCUUGGAAGAUGCCUAUGGAGGAUGGCUCAGUCCCAGAAUAGUUGCAGGAGAUUCUACGGAGGAACCAUAUAUUGCUGCUCAUCAUGUUUUGUUAUCGCAUGCUGAAGCAGUUGAACUCUACAGAGAAAAUUUUCAGGCCAAGCAAAAGGGUUUUAUCAGCUUGGUCAUUCUGGUGAUGUGGUAUGUCCCAUUGACAAACUCUUCCAAGGACAUAGCUGCAACUCAGAGGACUCUUGAUUUUCACAAUGGGUGGUUCAUAGAUCCCCUUUUCUUUGGAGACUAUCCUUCCAGCAUGAAGAAGAAUGUAGGCUCCAGGCUGCCCAAUUUCACCAAAGAACAAUCUAAAAAGCUAAAGGGAUCUUUUGAUUUCGUUGGGUUGAAUCAUUACGGUACUUCCUAUGUUUCAGAUUCAUCUAGCCAGUGGAUUGCUGCUGAAAGAGAUUAUAUGAGAGAUUCAAGCUCAAAGCAAACAGUAAUGCGAGACGAUGUCCCUAUUGGUAAGAUCAAAGAAAGUGCAGCUCUUCGUUUAUUCGAGAUAAAAGAAAGUGAAGCUCCCUGUUUAUUCAGCCACAUUUAUACAUUGAUUUUGUAACAUUUCGGCUGACACAUAGAUGAUACAACCCUAAAUUGUUACAUCAUUAUCGUUAAUAGAUGGAUAGAUCGAUUGGGAGGUUGUAAAUGAGAUGAUUUGAUGGAAAUAUGUAAUGGGGAUAAUAUUCUUGACUUCUGCUGUCUGCGAGCAUAUCCUUCCCAUUUUUCCUUCUGAAUGACCGAAUUUCGCAUUUUUGAAUGAGUAAAUUCA